CCAAUUCACGUCCCAUCAAAUCGUGACAUCCCUCGUCCAGCUCCUAAAGCUCCUGAAUCUGAUACGCCCUGGGAGUCCUUUGACGUUGGAAACGUAGACGUUGUCUAUGACCCUAAGAAGAGCACUCAUGACGCCGAGAAGGAUCUCAAGGAUUUAUUUCAACAAUCAUUCGAUGGCCACGAGGAAGACAAAGACGGAGUUGCUCUUGAUAUGUCCGAAGCUAUCGUGGAAGGCUUUCGUGACGGCAUUACUCUUCUCCCUCAUCAAGUUAUUGGUCGUCGCUGGAUGAGGGAGCGCGAGACAGGCAAGAAGCUGGGUGGUAUCCUUGCCGAUGAUAUGGGCCUUGGGAAGACCAUACAAACAUUGACGAGAAUCGUUGAGGGUCGACCACGUAAAUCCGACGAGCGAGAUGGAUGGAAUCCGUGUACUCUCGUUGUCUGUCCUGUGAGCUUGGUUGGUCAAUGGGCUGCUGAAAUCAGGAAGAUGGCAGUCGGCAUGAGUGUCAUCGAACACCAUGGUCCUUCGAGGACGACUAAUCCGGACCAGUUCAAGAGGGCCAACGUCGUUGUCACUUCCUACAGCAUUGUCGCUAGUGAAUUUGGCGCCUACAGGCCCGACGCCAAGGACGAAGGCAAAAAUAAAAGCAAGAAGAAGACUGAAAACUCGGACGAUGAUUCUUCUGAUCAAGAGCAAUUCGGCCGUACAAUCAAAGCGACAAAAAAGAAAGGCGUAGCCUCGAAGAAGAAGGAUGCCUUGUUCCGAAUCAAAUGGUGGCGUAUCGUGCUCGACGAGGCACACACAAUCAAGAAUCGGAGCACCCUGGCCGCUAAGGCCUGCUGUGCUUUGGAGGGAAAAUAUCGCUGGUGUCUUACGGGGACCCCUCUGCAGAACAAUGUCGAGGAACUGUACUCUCUGGUCGCAUUUUUGCGGAUCAGACCUCUGAAUGACUGGCCCACAUUUAAUGAACAAAUUGUCAAGCCUGUCAAAUCUGGUAAAACUGCCCGGCCAAUGAAACGCUUGCAUGUUGUGCUGAAAGCCAUCAUGCUUCGGCGAAAGAAGACGGAUACGCUGAACGGAAAACCUCUUCUGGAGUUGCCUAAACGCCAUUUGACCAUUGUUCCUUGCGAAUUUGAUCCCGAAGAGCGUGCAUUCUAUGUAGGGCUGGAACAGAGAAUUGAGGCGGUCAUGCAAAAACUAGCCAAGAGCGGAGAUUUGUCUAAAAGCUAUACGUCCGUUUUGGUCCUGCUUCUCCGCUUGCGUCAAGCAUGCGACCACCCCGCUCUGGUGUCUCAAGACUACAACAAAGACAAAGAUGCUGUACAGCCUCAGGCGUCGAAGAAGGAUGAAAACGAUUCAGAUUCAGAAGCCGACGACCUAGCGGACAUGCUUGGUCAGAUGGGCCUAGGGCGGACGUGCCAGGUCUGCCAAACAUCCCUGACUAAAGACAACGUGGCUCCUGACUCCGAAAAUCAUUGCGAAGAAUGUGCUCCCAUCGCUAACAAUGCGCGGCGCAAAUCCAUCGCGAAGCGUGCCGACUCCAACCUGCCGCCUGAUUCUGCUAAAAUACGCAAAAUCCUGGAACUCCUGGAGGACAUUACAGAUCGGUCAGACGAAGACGGCAAUCCGAAUGGCGAGAAGACAAUCAUCUUCUCGCAGUUCACCUCCAUGUUAGAUAUACUGGAGAUAUUUCUUAAAGAUGCUCGGGUCAAGUAUGUUCGUUAUGAUGGGUCGAUGUCGAAGGAUAAGCGCGAGGCUAGCCUGGAGAAAAUUCGUACUAGCAAGAGUACAACUGUUAUUCUGAUCUCCUUCAAGGCUGGUAGUACUGGCCUUAAUUUAACUUCGUGCAACAAUGUCAUCCUUGUUGAUAUGUGGUGGAAUCCCGCCUUGGAGGACCAAGCAUUCGAUCGAGCACAUCGUUUCGGACAGCAGAGAGAUGUCAACAUCUACAAGUUGACUAUUGAGCAAACGGUCGAGGAGCGUAUUCUCGACCUGCAAAAUACGAAGCGCGCACUUACUAACGCGGCUUUAAGUGGUGACAAGCUCAAGAACUCGAAGCUUGGGAUGGACGAUCUUCUGGCCUUGUUCCGACCUGGACGAGACGAUGACGAGGACUGA